AUGGUCGCCAACAUGGAUAUCGACGAGGACGACGAUCUCUACGUGCCCGAGGAACCCAAGGCCCAGGGCGCAACCCCAGACGACAAGCCCAAGGCAGACGAUCUUGAAGAAGGCGAAGAGGAAGAUGAGGGCGCGGCCAUGGACGAGGAUGAUGACGACUCAGAUAUUGAUAUCAUCACCGAACGAAAAGAUGGCUCCAAACCAGCUCCUCCUUCCCAAUCCAAAUAUAGCGAUAUUCGGAAUAUUCCUCAAAGAUCAGCCUCGAAUGACUCGCCUUCACAAUCAGCACCUGUCAAGAAGGAAGGCGAGUCGCGACAAUCCAGCUCGGUCAACGUUGCUGCGCCCAGCGCCGACAAGACCUCAGCCGCUGCCUCAAAAUCCACGAUAGACGUCAACGCGAUCCCUGUUCACGCUGCUUCAGGGAAACCCAUCACGCAAGUCAACAUUGACGAAGAUCUCCCAGAAAACGACAAGCCGUGGCGCAAGCCUGGUACGGACAUCAGCGACUACUUCAACUACGGCUUCGACGAGUUUACAUGGGCACUUUACGCCGCCAAGCAAGAGGCAGUCCGAGGCGAAUUCGGCGCCGAUGUUUUUGCCCAGAACAAUAAGAAGAUGAUGGACGAGUUCAACAUGAUGAUGAUGGGCGGCAUGGCCAUGCCAGGUGGUGGUAGCGGUGGCAACUCGGCUGCUGGUAUGCCCGGAAUGGAUGGCAUGCCCCCUGAGAUGCAGGCAAUGAUGCAGCAGAUGAUGGCCUCGGGCAUGGAUCCAAGUCAGAUGGACCCCAGCCAGAUGAAUGCCAUGUUUGCCGGUAUGCAAAAUGCUGGUGGUGCUGGAGGACAAGGCAGCCAAGGAGGCCAAGGGGGCAACUUUGGAGGCGGCUUCGGCGGGAACCAGAGCAACUUUGGAUACGAACAGAACAUGUCGGGCGGAGGUGGAGGUGGAGGACGGGGAGGAUUCGGCGGAGGUCGUGGACGUCGUGGAAGGUGGUGA